UUCUUGGUGUUGUCGAGAGUUGGCAGGUCCCUCUCUCUCUCUCUCUCGUCUGGGCGUCAGAGGGGGGCACCACGGCAACAUGAACUCUGCCCGCCGGCCUCGGCCGCGCUCCCGUCAACCGCCAAACGGUCUGCGUGCCCAGACACAGCCGCCGUUUGUACGUGUUAGAGAUGGAAGCCAGGAAUACACGACACCCAGCGGUGACCUCACCACCGGCGCCCAGCAUCAUCAACUGUUUCCAGUCAGGAGUCACGAGACGCCGGCAGGCUUCUUUGCUGACAGGAGCCGGUUCUUGGUUCCAGACUUCCAGACUACGCCCCCGCCAGCCGUUCAUGGAGCUACGAGGGCGGCCGCCGACGACAGCAGUGUCGGCCGAGGAGGAGGCAGAGGGAAGGUGGCCGCUUCGGCGAUCCCCGCGGCGGCCAAGUCGAAGCGGGUGCGGACGGGAUGCUUGACCUGCCGGGAACGCCAUCUCAAGUGCGACGAAGGCGUUCCGGAUUGUUACAAUUGCCGCAAGAGCAGCCGCGAAUGCAGACGCGGUAUACGACUAAACUGGAUCGAGAUGAGGAAGUGGGAUCCGCCAUGCCUGCCCCAGACGGCAGAAUGGUCAGUCCAAAUCCUGGACGAGUCGCGUUCCAUUGCCUCAGAGUAUAAGGGGGGCCUUGAACUUUAUCCCAAGGUCGCCGAAACGCCCCCGGAGUCUGACCUAGACGCACCCAGCCGCCAUGCCCAGCUCUCCGAUUCCCAAUCGACACGCGGGAUUUCUCCCGGGAACCACAGCAUCGCAGCUAGCUCGAGUAUUCAAGAUCAGUACCAUCCUAAUCACGUCGGCCAGCCUCCUCCUCCUCCUCCUCCUCCUCCUCCACACGAGCAACCGGAUCAACUCCCCCCAGUCCGGCAGCCAGACUUUGACCAUUCGCCCAACCAUGGGAAUCCCCAUGGCUUGAACAUCACCCUCCAGAUUCCCUCCCAACCGAUUGGAUCCGCGCCGCAUGGCUUUCGAGCCGGUGGGCGAGGCGAACAAGACCGGCACUCUGGCAUCCAGACCGGGCUCAUGACGCCGUCAAGCGAGAACACGACGGACGAGCGGGACUACUUGAGCGCAGACGAAGAGAUCCAUCUCAUGCAGGUCUUCAUCGACGAGGUGGCCAUCUGGAUGGACGCCCUGGACAAGGACAAGCACUUCGCCAACGUCGUGCCAUACCUGGCGCUCAGACUACCCAUGCUGCUAAACGCCUUGCUGGCCUGUGGUGCCAAACACCUGGCCCUAAUAGGGCGGCACGACGGGGACAAGGCCGACUACUACUACAACAUGGCCUCCACUCAGCUGUCGCGCAGCCAGCAAGAGCGCGAUCGCGACCCCGCCGACUGCGCCCUCACCGCCGUCGCCCUGGACGCCUACCACCUCAUGAGCGACUCGCCCACCCAGCGCAUGGGUCGCAUCGCCUCUACCCGCGCCCUCAUCCGCGCGUGCGGUUGGGACGCCACCUCGACCGGCCUGGCCGCCGCCUGUUUCUGGGUCAACGUCGGCAUGGAGGUGCUCAGCUGCAUCGCCUUUGGCUGGCCGACCGCGUGGGACCCGGACCAGUGGGGGCUCGACUUGAGUUUUGCGACUCUGGAGGGCGCCAGCCGGAGCAGCGGCGGUCGCAGCCUGGCCGAGAGCGACGACGUGUCAUGGCCCGCGCGACCGCCGGCCGAGAGCCACCACCCUGCCGCCGACGACAGCGCCGACAGCGCCGACAGCGCCGACCUCGGCCGGGAGGAGCUGUGGGUGCAACGCAUCUUUUACAUCAUGGCCAAGGUCUCAAACUUCCGCGCCAACACGCCGCAGUUCCAGGAGCCCUCGCCGCACGACGAGCAGGUCCGCCUGCAGAACCGCUUCGCCGAGUGGAGGCGCCUGCAGAACAUGUGCAACGCCUGGAACCUCGGCUGCCCCCGCUCCAUGCGCCCGUACGGGUACUCGCCCGGACCGUCGCCCAAGUCUCUCUUUCCCAAUGUAUGGCUGAUCAAGUCCUCGGCCAAGCUCGCCCGCCUCUUCUACCACACGGCCAUGUGCCUGCUCGCGCAGGUCAACCCGCUCGACCCGCGCGACAGCCGCGAGAACCGGGCGUCGCAGCUGCACCACGCGCACCACGUGUGCGGCAUCGUCGCCCACACCCGCGACCGCGGCGUCGUGUCCGUCGCCAUCCGCAGCCUGGCCGUCGUCAGCGCCGCCCUGGUCGACCGCCGCGAGCGGGACGAGGUCGUCGCCGUGCUGGAGCGCAUCCAGCACGAGACCGGCUGGAAGCUCGGGAGGGUCAUCCAGAGCCUGCGGAGCACCUGGGGCUGGGAAGCCGGCGGUCCGGCUUCUUCGGGCCCCGGGCCGGCGGGGCCGGCGGGGGCGGCGGCGCGCGGGAUGGGGCUUCUGGCGCCGCCACUGCCUUCCGGCGUCGGAUUGUCAAGGUUGGGCGGGCGGUGAUAGUAUGUGCACCGGUACCGAAUAUGAGGCCCUCUCGAGAAAGAACGGAUUUCGGGCCCUGAAAUCGAGGACUACGUCCAGCUACCGUGCCUGUUUUUUUUCUUUCUUUCCUUUUUUUGUUACCAGCGAUCUAAACAGCUUGGCGUUUGGCUUUGGCGGAGGUUCAUAGCGGAAGGGUUGUCGCAUAUACCCCUAGAGCGUGAAUUAGGCUAGGUCAGUGCUCGGUAGAGUAUGUACAUAUAUCUCUUAUGGCAUGUCUAUAAUUUAUGCUUCCUCCAAUAUGUUUGAUUCACGCUUCUCUGGCGGGCUGGGUAUGUGUGCCAUCGUUUGAUUGAUCCCCUUGUUCUAUCUCGUGUGCCGUACAGUACG